ACAUAAAUAAUGUUUCUUAAUUUUGACGUAAAUCAUAUCCAUAAUUUAUUCUUCCCGCAGUUUCGAAAGAAUUGCAGUACCCGAACGGGUUAAGCAUUCACCGCCCUUCUCUUUUCGCUCAUUAGAUGAGCCUUCUGAACCCAGCGAGCCCAUAACUUUCGCCACCUUCGUCUCUCAGACUUAGCUAGCAAUCUUAGCAUUUGGCCAUAAUCAAGAAGUGGAUGUCAAUGGAAAGUUGUGUUGGCAGUUCAUCUCUAUUAUUACCAGUUGGUAUUACAAGUCAGCCUCUAGUUGAUGUUAAGCAUACUGGACCAAACAUUAUUGGGAUGAAACCGUUACCAUAUAACAUCAGAAAAGGAGAACUUAAUAUUGAUACAUUUCAAAGUCCAUCACCUCGUAUCAGAUGUGCUGCUGCUUUGAAUACUAAAUGUGCUGCUAGUGCAAGUGCAACCCAAACCGUAACACGCAAUUCUCGGUCAAUUACUAUUACUCCUGACAAAGUGAAGUCCCCUAAGCUUGAUGACAAUGGACCUGGAAUGCCACCUCGUGAUGAUGAUGGCAAUGGUGGCAAUGGAGGCAGCGGUGGUAAGUGGUCAGGCGGACUUCCCCUCUUGGGUAUUCUUGGUAUCCUAGAUGUUCUAAAGGACAUUGAGGGUGAAUGGCAACGCAAGAGCAAAAAAAUUCAUCCAGCUUGAAAAUCAAGCUUUGUAUGUAGCAGUGAAGUUAUUUUACAAACUUGAUGUUAAACUCUUGCGAUGGUUAGAAGUCUACAGUACAGAAUAUUUGAGUUA